AUAUUCCUUACAAAUUCCAGUCCUCCACUAACCUUCCCUUUCUUCACUGUCCUGUCCAUCAUGUCUGUCCUUCUUGGCUUCCUCCUCCUACUCUCCCUGCACCCUCCGACGAGCUAUGCCACUACGGACACGGUGUCACCCGGCCAAACACUGGCCGGCGGUGACAGGCUUAUCUCCAACAACAGCAAGUUCGCUCUCGGCUUCUUCAAGAUGGACAGUAAGAACUCCUCCUACACCAGCCGCAACUCUUACCUUUGCAUAUGGUACAACAAGCUCCCCAUGAUAACUCCACUGUGGUCCGCCAAUGGCGAAAACCCAGUGGUGGACCCCGCUUCACCGGAGCUAACAAUAUCCGGCGACGGAAACAUGGUCAUCAUGGACCAGGCUACCAAGUCCAUCAUAUGGUCUACCCGUGUUAACACCACAACCAACGGCACCGUUGUUGUGCUGUUGAACGAUGGUAAUCUUGUGCUGCAGAGUUCAUCAAACUCAUCCAUGGUUUUCUGGCAGAGCUUUGACUACCCAACAGAUAGCCUUUUUGCCGAUGCGAAGAUCGGCUGGAACAAGGUGACUGGCCUGAACCGCCGCCUUGUUUCUAGGAAGAAUUCAAUUGACCAGGCUGCUGGUUUGUACUCUUUGGAAUUUGAUAUCAAUGGUGUUGGUCAUUUGGUAUGGAACUCAACUGUAACAUAUUGGUCCAGUGGGGAUUGGAAUGGGCAAUUUUUUGGCUCAGCACCAGAGAUGUUUGGUGCCACCAUACCCAAUUUCACAUUUGUCAACAAUGACAGAGAGGUUUACCUCACAUAUACUCUGAACAAUGAGAAGGCAAUUACGCAUGCCGCAAUAGAUGUCAAUGGGCAAGGUUUGGCAGGUGUAUGGUUGGACAGCUUGCAGGAUUGGUUGAUCAAUUACAGGAUGCCCUUACUUCAUUGCGAUGUUUACGCAAUCUGUGGACCUUUUACAGUCUGCAAUGACAACAAUGAUCCGUUCUGCGACUGUAUGAAGGGCUUCUCUAUAAGAUCACCCAAGGAUUGGGAGAUAGAAGAUCGAACAGGAGGGUGUAUGAGGAAUACUCCAUUAAAUUGUGGUAGUACUAUGAACAAGACAGGUUUCAGCGAUAAGUUCUACUAUGUGCAAAACAUUAUAUUGCCCCGUAAUGCCAUGCAUGUGCAGGAAGCUGCAAGUAAAGAUGAAUGCUCAGAUGUUUGCUUGAGCAACUGCUCCUGUACUGCAUAUUCCUAUGGGAAAGGUGGAUGCUCUGUUUGGCAUGAUGAGCUGUAUAACGUAAGGCAACAGUCUGAUGCUUCUGCUGUCGGAAAUGGUGAUAACUUUUACAUUCGCCUUGCUGCAAAUGAGGUGCAUGAGGUGCAAAGUGCGGAAAGGAAGAAAAAGAGUGGAGUCAUCAUUGGUGUUGCCAUUGGUGCAAGCACUGCUGCUUUCUGUUUGAUGAUCCUUCUACUGAUGUUUUGGAGGAGAAAAGGGAAACUGUUUGCUCGCGGAGCGGAAAAUGAUCAAGGCAGCAUUGGUAUUACUGCAUUUCGAUAUAUUGAUCUGCAGCGUGCAACUAAAAACUUUUCAGAAAAGUUGGGAGGAGGCAGUUUUGGUUCUGUAUUUAAGGGAUACCUAAAUGAGUCAACUCCCAUUGCAGCGAAAAGGCUUGACGGCACAUGCCAAGGGGAGAAACAAUUCAGAGCCGAAGUGGAUUCAAUUGGAAUGAUCCAGCACAUCAAUUUAGUUAAAUUGAUUGGGCUUUGUUGUGAAGGUGAUAAGAAGUUACUUGUGUAUGAAUACAUGCCAAAUGGCUCCCUUGAUGUGCAACUAUUUAAGGAUAAUGAUAAAGUUUUGGAUUGGAAUCUUAGAUACCAAAUAGCUAUUGGAGUUGCUAGAGGCCUUGCCUACUUGCAUGAUAGCUGUCGAGAUUGCAUUAUACAUUGUGAUAUCAAGCCAGAGAACAUACUUCUCAAUGAAUCUUUCGUUCCUAAAAUUGCUGAUUUUGGAAUGGCAAAGAUUUUGGGGAGAGAAUUUAGUCAUGCUCUGACUACAAUGAGAGGAACGAUUGGAUAUCUUGCCCCUGAAUGGAUUAGCGGAACAGUUGUUACAGCUAAAGUUGAUGUUUACAGCUAUGGAAUGGUUUUGUUUGAAAUCUUAUCAGGAAGGAGGAACUCAAGUCAAGAAUAUUUCAAGGAUGGUGACCAUUCGGCCUAUUUUCCAAUGCAAGUCGCCCGCCAGCUUAUCAAUGGAGGGAUUGGAAAUCUGGUGGAUGCAAAAUUGCAUGGUGAUGUGAAUCUCGAGGAGGCUGAAAGAGUUUGCAAAAUUGCAUGUUGGUGUAUUCAAGACAGUGAGUUUGAUCGACCAACAAUGGGCGAGGUGGUGCAAUUCCUAGAGGGUGUACUAGAACUCAAAAUGCCACCAUUGCCAAGACUACUGAAUGCUAUCACAGGAGGCUCACAUUCAACACCACUGUCAUCUUUAGAUUUACCGUAAAUUUGUAUGCUAAUUUGUAAUUUCCAGUAGUUUAUGAGAAAAUUAUAGUUUCUGUCUCAUUUCAAGAAAACUAGGCAUAGAAAAUAAGAAACAUCAGUGUUCAUAAUAAGAUCCAUAUCUCUGUGUCUGUACACAGUAGGACAUGUUAUACAUACCGUAGACCUGUCAUUUUGUCAGUUGAGAUGCUUUUAACAACACAGGAAGAUUUCCUUCCCAGUUGAGAGUA